GGCGGUUAGGGUUUGGGAUCGGUAUAAAAUCUAAAGUGCUUUAAAAAAGUUUUAAUAAUCUGUUUUAUCACUUUUAUGACUUUUACCUGUUUGAAUAUUGAGUUGCGAACACAACCGCUGAUAAUGCUAUUUGUGAUCGCGAGCACUGACAAAGAACGCCCGGGAUGUAGUAAAAUCCGAACAAAUUUCGGCGGCCAUAUUUCUUUUUUUCCACUUUGAAUACAGAAUAUUCCAUUUUCAUCACACAAAAUAAAAAAAUAAUAAUUAUAAAACAAUUAAAAACAGUUAAUUUAUUUUUUUUAUUUAAAUCUUCGUCUGAAAUUUGUUCAAAUCGCUUCAUAAUGGCCACCGCCAAAACAUCGAUCUCGAACGCACCUCCUAAACAUACGUCAGCAGGUGGGUUCGAGAUUUUAUCCCAUACCUGUGUUAAAAGCGGCUUUCUGAUUGGUUUAGAGCAGGUGAGCUUGUCGUCGAUCGCGAGCUCACCUGCUUUUUGCCGAACUCACCUGCUUUUCGCCCGAACUCACCCGCUAAACUGCUUACGUUGCAAUAACAAUAACAAAUAUGGCGGACAAGAUUUAGCCGAUAAACCUAAACUUUAAAGAACUUUUUUCGGUGACUAACAUACUGAGACUGAAGAAAAACCGAAGAAAAAAUGCAGUAAAGGUAAUGUAGACGUAGAUAAAGAAGUAUUUUCUUGCCCAGUGAUUUUUUUGGCCGGGAAAAUGUUCACAAAACAUCGACGAAUAUAUCGCGAAGAGCUACAAAUGUGUGUAUGGCUCGGUGUAUGGGAUAAAAACCAAACGUACUUGCAGGUUCGGGGAGUCCGGGAUUGGACGCACCUCGGGUGGCUGGAAGUUUCCCGAACUCACCUCGCUUCGCUCGGUAAGUUCGGGAAACUUCCAGCCACCCUCGGUGCGUCAAAUCCCGGACUCACCUCCCUGCAAGUACGUUUGUUAUAUUAUCCCAUACUCUGUUAAAAGCGGCUUUCUGAUUGGUUUAGAGCAGGUGAGCUUGUCGUCAAGCUCACCUGCUUUUUGCCGAACUCACCUGCUUUUCGCCCGAGUAUGGCACGCCGAUUGUUGCAAUAUUCAAUGUAAUAUAUUUGUUCAAUUUAAUCGCAAUAUUCAUUCAAUUUAAUUGUCAUAUUUUCAUUCAAUUUAAUAUUUUUAUAUUUAUUCAAUUUAAUAUUAAAAUAUUCAUUCAAUUUAAUUGUCAUAUUUUCAUUCAAUUUAAUAUUUUUUAUAUUUAUUCAAUUUAAUAUUAAAAUAUUCAUUCAAUUUAAUUGUCAUAUUUUCAUUCAAUUUAAUAUUUUUUAUAUUUAUUCAAUUUAAUAUUAAAAUAUUCAUUCAAUUUAAUUGUCAUAUUUUCAUUCAAUUUAAUAUUUUUUAUAUUUAUUCAAUUUAAUAUUAAAAUAUUCAUUCAAUUUAAUUGUCAUAUUUUCAUUCAAUUUAAUAUUUUUUAUAUAUUAAAAUAUUCAUUCAAUUUAAUUGUCAUAUUUUCAUUCAAUUUAAUAUUAAAAUAUUCAUUCAAUUUAAUAUUAAAAUAUUCAUUCAAUUUAAUUGUCAUAUUUUCAUUCAAUUUAAUAUUAAAAUAUUCAUUCAAUUUAAUAUUAAAAUAUUCAUUCAAUUUAAUAUUAAAAUAUUCAUUCAAUUUAAUUGUCAUAUUUUCAUUCAAUUUAAUUUUUUUAUAUUUAUUCAAUUUAAUAUUAAAAUAUUCAUUCAAUUUAAUUGUCAUAUUUUCAUUCAAUUUAAUAUUAAAAUAUUCAUUCAAUUUAAUAUUAAAAUAUUCAUUCAAUUUAAUAUUAAAAUAUUCAUUCAAUUUAAUUGUCAUAUUUUCAUUCAAUUUAAUAUUAAAAUAUUCAUUCAAUUUAAUAUUAAAAUAUUCAUUCAAUUUAAUAAAUAUUUAUUCAAUUUUAAACUUUAACAUAUUUAUUCAAUUUAAUGUUUGUAUAUGCAUUCAAUUUAAUUUCAAUAUCCAUUCAAUAAAUCCUAAAUUCAUUCAAUCUUUUCUUGCCGUAAGGAACCUGGGUACGAGGUUGACCAUAUAUGUCAAUUUCCCGCGCUUUUGCAUCCCGCCAUGUUUGGUUCGCGUAUGCGAAUGUUUUAGAGCGACAACAGUGUGUUCAAGGUAUUUUAAAACAGAUUUAACGAUGGACAAAAGAAUAUCAGAUGCGGCAGAACUGCUGCGACAGGCUUCGAGUAUGUUACUGUCAGUAGAUCCAGGAACUUCUUCAUCUCCAGCAUUAGUGCGAAGCCCAGAGGCAGAGUCUGAACGUCCGACAGUAAGACCACAGGGAAGAUCAGUAAACGAGACCCUCGCAAGAGCAAGGAGUAUGAUGCAAAGCAGUAGAACCACUGGAGUGUUUAGGCGGCUUAGCAGCAGCGAAAGAUUGAGAGCAACUUCAGGACCAAAGGAAAAGAAAAGCAAAACGGCUUCUUCGACUGGUAGUAAAGAUAAACCUUUCGAAUUUGCCCUGCUUGCUUGUGGAGAUGUCGACAGUGAUGAACCAGAUGACAGCUUGAAGAAGGACAUGAUUCUGGAUCGAGGUAUUGUGAGUCUUAAUGAAAAAGAUAACGAAGCUGCUAUUCGAGAAAAACUUGUUUCAUCGCUUAAAGGCAAGUAUGGCAUGAUUGGUCAAAAUGAUUUUGAAUUUAUAAAAGUAAAUCAGAAAAAAAUCUCGGUUCUACAUUUAAGUAAAGGAACAGAGUAUAAUUACGACGUUGUCAAGAAACUUGUAGGACAAGGGCUUUUGUACGUUAGAAUUAGAAGGGGAUAUGAAUUUGUAAUUGAACAAACUUCAGAUUCUGGAUCAGACUUUGUAAUGACAUAUCCUGCUGCUGAGAAUGAUGCUAAAACUGAAGCACAUCUUUCAGAAGACGAGAACAUGCCCCAGUCAGGACUAGCAGAUGAAUUACCUGUGGCUGCACAGCCACCCAUCUCAGUAGAUCUAUCUCAGCAGCCUGGUUCAAGCACAAAUGUAGAAAGUCCUCACACGUUCUUUGACACGGUUGUAAACGAGUUUCCAUCAAAUAUAACUGAACCAACAGAAAUCCUUAGAUAUCUACAAAUGAAAAUUGUUAGAGGUAGACCAUUGGAGGUAACUGAUCCUUCCACAGACCUUCAAGGAGAAACAAACUUCAUAACUGUAGACAGAGAGAACAUUCUUCAAACUACUUUUGAGGAACUAAAGUCUGUUGAUGAUCCCAGAGUCACAUUCGAGGUCCAGUUUUAUGCGGAACAAGCUGUUGACAGUGGUGGUCCACGUAGAGAGUGGAUGCGACUUUGCAAUCAACAAAUCAAGAUCAAGUAUUUUGAUAAUGGUAUCAAAGAGCAUUUGUCGGAAGAUUACUUCUAUGUUGGACAAAUGAUUAGCAUUGCUCUUCUACAAAAUGGCCAGUUGCCUGUCUACAUCCCUGAAGAUAUUUUGCAGGCCAUAUUUGUGGGGAAAUGUGAGCAGUUGUCUCCUUGCAUCAUGGAGCUAAAGCGUGGUAUGGAUACAUUGGGGAUUCCAGCAUUUGGAAGAAAAUUUCCCCAGUUGUUGUACCUUCUCAGGCCAUCAGCCAUUGCCAAGUUAUCAGUUCGCAGGCUUCUAUUCCUGCUGAAACCAGCAUUUUCUGAGGAAGGGUCCAACGCUCUGUCUCGUGAGAAAGCUGUGUAUACAAAAUUUGUAAAAUACACAAGGGAGGUGUCCAGUGGCCGAAGGGUUGUUACUCUGGAAAACAUUCUAGAAUUUGCCACUGGAGCUAGUGAAGAACCACCCCUUGGUUUUACAAGAUCCCCCAACAUCCAGUUCAUAGAAGUUGACAACAAAGAGUUGACUACAACAGAAAAUGAGGUAAGCAUUUUAUUAUUUGUAUUUUCACCAUUUAGUUGUCAUAUUGUUAUACUAAAUUGCUAUUUUACAAUUAACCAAAUAUUCACCGAAGGCGAGGUGAUUACAAGCCUAUAUUCACUGAGCUGCGAAGUGAAUAUAGUCUUGUGAUCACCAAGCCUGAGGUGACUAAUUGUUUUAGUAUAAAUUCAGUAUUGAAACAUAAUAAUAUAUACAAACGUUUAUAAAUAAGAUUUACUUCACCUUUAAUUUCUUCAAUUCUUUCUUCCAUGAUUUGUUUGCAAACUGUGGAUUUUCGACAGCCAUUUUGUUUUGAAAGCAAUAGUUUACUGCUCAGAGCAGUCUGAGCAGCAAUCAGAAUGCUUGAAAGCCAUUUUUCAAUACUGAAUUUAUACUAAUAACAUUUAGCAUUUCCCAAUCAAGCAGGGUACUGAUUCAAAUUGAUAUUACAAAGCAUCCAUGUAUUGUUGGGAAGGAUGAUCACAGAUCAUUUACAUUGCUGUAUUUUCAAACAUACUGUACCAUAGAGGUAAAAUGCUUUGCAGUCUCAAUUGCACCCAGGAUCCUUUAAUCAAUCUCAAUACAUUACAUUGUUAGUAAAAUAAUCUAAUGUAUUAGAGGCAAAUUCAAGAUUCCCUACUAUAGGAUUCCCUGCUCAAUUGGAAAAAUUCUGAUACCAUAGAGACACAAGGUCAUAUGAAUAUUAUAGGAAGAUUUCUUGGCAGGUACAACAGGCUUGUAUAUGGCAGAGAAGGGCUCAUGAUCUGAUGUUUUUUUCUGUAUUCAACAAACUAAUAUAUCUAAUUAACCAGGAAGAAUAGUUGGGGAUAAUGUGUGGAUUCUACAGUAGGUCUCCAAGGUAGUCCCAAACUUGCAAGUAGAAACAUGGCUUUAAUUAACAGCUUUUGAUCCUAUAUAGACCUUUAACACUCACAUUUGAAUUUAUGGUUUAAAGAAUAUAUGAAUGUUCUUUGCUUUAUAGAGCAACCAAGUGUCAGGAGAAGUACAGCUACUUAAUGAAAAGAAGAAAAUGUGGUAUUUCACACCAACAGCCCAUACAUGUCCAAACACAUUGCAAUUGCCAACAGAAAGCAUGGUUCUUCCUCUUCCCUCUGAAGAAGACCUGUUCCAAUUGUAUGAUAUGGCAUUCAAGAACACUCACUUUGGUAUUAGAUAG